AUUGUCUGUUCGUCGCCAUUUGUCAAAAAUAAAAUCUGAACAUUUUCUAAAUAUUUACUUAUUUCUUCAAAAUGUUCGCGUUUUUCUCGAGAAUCCUUGAUUGGAUCAAGAGCCUGUUUUGGAAGGAAGAGAUGGAACUCACUUUGGUGGGACUCCAGUACUCUGGGAAAACAACAUUCGUCAAUGUAAUCGCGUCUGGCCAGUUCUCUGAAGACAUGAUUCCAACAGUUGGUUUCAACAUGAGGAAAAUAUCUAAAGGCAAUGUCACAAUCAAGCUUUGGGACAUUGGAGGUCAGCCUAGGUUCAGAAGUAUGUGGGAGAGAUACUGUAGAGGUGUAAAUGCAAUAGUAUACAUGGUAGAUGCUGCAGAUAAUGAGAAGAUUGAAGCAUCCAGGAAUGAGCUUCACAACUUGCUAGAUAAACCCCAGCUUCAAGGCAUCCCUGUUCUGGUUCUAGGCAAUAAGCGUGACCUUCCAGGUGCCCUAGAUGAAAAGGAACUCAUAGAAAGAAUGAAUCUAUCCGCCAUUCAAGAUAGGGAAAUAUGCUGUUAUUCUAUAUCAUGUAAAGAAAAAGAUAAUAUUGACAUUACUUUACAAUGGUUGAUACAACAUUCUAAGAAUAGCAGAUAAAGAUAAUAGAUAAUAGUUGUAGGAAAGACAAUUGGCGUAGGAUUACAUCGUAAUAUUUUUUACGAAACAGAUGUACAGAUUUCAUUGAUAUUCAUGGACUGGACUCGAGCCAUCAUAUUUGGUACAUUAAUACUAAGAGGAUGUGGAUUAUGGAUACAUGGUGUAUAAUCAGUACUUGUUAUGCGGAAAUACAGUUAAACUUGUUUAUAUGAACAGGGCACUUCAGCAAUGGAUCAGUUGCACUGUUAUUUUCCAAUAUACCCAGUGAACAAAUCAACUAGUCUGUAUCGGGAAUAACCUUGAUGGACAGACUAGCCCUAUUAGCACAGACCCUCUGUGUGAAAACAGAACACUACAGUUAGCAGUUUUUAUUGAUA